UUCGCAGUUCACUUUUGCUAGAAAGUCGAGAAGAUAGGCACUGCCGAAUUUGGCUCCGGCAUUAUUUCUGUCUAGGUUGUCCUUUUUUCUUCUUCAGUUGAUCCUGUCAGGUUAGGAUCAUGGCCAGUAAAAAGAUUGCAGUCAUUGGCAGCGGCCUGAUAGGUCGCAGUUUCUCCAUGCUGUUUGUCAGUGGAGGCUACCAGGUGUCCGUGUAUGAUGUGGAGCCGGCUCAGAAUGCCGUGGCAAAGGACGACAUCUGGAGCCAGCUGAACAAGCUCGAGGAGCAGGGACUUUUGCGAGGCUCUCUCUCCAAGGAGCAGCAGUUUGCCAACAUCACGUACACCGAGGACUUGGCUGAGUGUGUGAACGGAGCUUUCUUCAUCCAGGAAUGCAUCCCCGAGCGACUGGAGUUAAAGAAAUCUGUGUUUGCCAAAAUAGAGAAAGUGAUGAGUCCUGAUGCCAUCAUGUCUUCCUCCACUAGCGCCCUGAUGCCAUCUCUCAUUUCUGGGGAUCUUACUCACAAAAAUCGCUUUGUUGUUACACACCCGACAAACCCACCGUUCUACGCGCCUGCUACAGAAGUUGUUCCGGCAAGCUGGACCGACGCUGACGUGAUAGAGAAAACUGUGGCUCUGCUCAAGGAAAUCGGACAGGCCCCAGUAUUGUUGAAGAAGGAGAUCAACGGCUUUGUGCUGAAUCGUAUUCAGUACGCAAUAUUGGCUGAGACGUGGAACUUGAUCCGAGAUGGAAUUGUGAGCCCGGAGGACUGUGACGUGAUCAUGUCUCAGGGACUAGGAAUGCGCUACGCUUUCAUGGGACCCUGGGAAACUGCAUAUCUCAACGCUGAUGGUUUGCACAGCUACAGUGACCGAUACGCAGACAUGAUCUACGGGAUUCAGAAAGACUUCCUGCCUCCUGAGAAAAUUGGUGGGGAAACUCUGGAUGUAAUCCAGCGUGGGAUGGAGAACGUUGCCGGGCCCGUAGAGAACUUGGAACAGCGGAGACAGUGGCGAGAUCGCCGGCUUGUGGCCCUGGCCAAGUUGAAGGCUGGCAUGAACAAAGAGGAGGCAAAAUAAAGCGCCGGAUUAACGUACAGUGCAGCAUUUCUAUAACAACAUGGUCGGGAUCAGAAAAAAAAUGUCGUUAUAGAGAGUUGUUGUUAUAGAGAGGCAACCAUAAAUUACUAGAUAUAUAAGGAAAAAA